AUGAAGCUCUUAACUAAGGAACAAGAAGAUGCGCACUACCGCUCCGUCGUCAGAGGUGGCACCAUCGGCGGUAUCGCCGGUCUAGCUGGAGGUGUCGCAGGUGUCCUCCUAGCUUCGCGCCGCUUCCACACAAUCCGCAACCUGACGAUUCCGAUGAAGUCUUUCUUGGUCACCUCAUCAGGUACCUUCGUUGGAAUCAUCGCCGCCGACCACGCCUCCCGCGAUUACGAGGCUCAGAACAACGCCGAGCGUCAAUGGUACGAUAGCCGUGAAGAGCGUCUGCGUUCCGAGGAGUAUCGGGGCCUCACCUUCACCGAUCGCGCAGCUGCUUUUGCUCGUCGCGAGAAGUACAAGAUCAUCAGUGCCACCUGGAUCGCCUCCAUGGUUGGCUCAUUCGUGCUUGUCAGCCGUAACCCCGGUCUUACCGGACAGCAGAAGCUUGUCCAAGCUCGUGUCUAUGCUCAGGGUCUGACUCUUGGUGUGCUGUGUGCUUCUGCUGCUUUUGAGAUCUCUGACCAACGACGUGGCCGUGGUAUCCUUGACUCAAAGAAGCCAAAGGGUGCCAAGGUUGAAGAGGAGUCUCCUUCUCAUCAGGGCUCAAGUAUUCAGGAUGGUGACCUCUGGAAAGAUAUGGUCGCUGCCGAGGAACAACGUUUGAGCAAGAAGCACCAGGAUCUUUAUGAGCACCACGAGAAGCACCAGACUAAGCCUGCUGCUCAGGAGAAGAAUGCUGAUUCCAAACCCGCCGAGACCAAGUCCGAGGACAGCGAGGAUGAGAAAAAGGACGCCGAGUCCGAAAAGAAGAACUGA